CAGGCAAGCCGCAACUUGGCCUGUCGCCGCCACUAUGUACUACUACUACUCAGUACAAUGCUCCCACUCCGCCUGGUGCGCAGACAGUGUCCUCACACGCUCGCUUCGCGAACCGCAACUCAAAGCGGGCGACAGAGUCACCCUCCUCCACCCAAGGGUCAUGGGAUGCUGCUGGCUCUGUCUGCUUUCAAAUCCGUCUCGCAUUUGAGGAUUCAGCGGUCCCUGUCUGACUGUCGUAUUGUACAACCCCGGACCGACGCUAGCGUCCACGGGCUACCGACGGAACGAUCUCUCUGCACCGUCUCCUACAAAUGUGCCACGGCAGUCGAGUGCCCGCAGACGUCUGACCUUGGCCUAUCCACCGACCUCGGGAUUCCACAGGCACAACCACGGACGCGCUAGUACAAAUUUGAGCUUAUCGUCGCAAUGUCGCGCCCGCUUUCGUUCACCGCCACACGCGCUCUUGGCGUACCUCAGGAUGAAUUCGACGCUGCCGCUCAGAAGCCCAUCGUCGUCGUCACUGGUGGUUCUGGCAAGCUGGGUCGCGCCACCGUGGUCGACCUGCAGCAGCAUGGCUGGCAGGUCAUCAACAUGGACCGCGCGCCUCCGCCCAAGGAUGCGCCGCCGGACGUCAUCUACAUGUACGUUGACCUCGAGAGCAUGGGUCAGGUCAUGGAGAACCUGAUCGAAGUUGAUACGAAAUACAAAGCUCCAGUCGCUGUUGUGCAUCUCGCAGCUCUGCCCGCCCCCGGUAUGGCCGCCUCUUCGACGCAAUUCCAGCUGAACGUCAUGGCGACCUACAAUAUCCUAGAGGCGUCGCGCAAGCUCGGUAUCAAGAACCUCGUCCUCGCGUCCUCGGAGACGCUCCUCGGCCUCCCGUUUGCACCUUGGGUUCCGGAUUAUAUUCCUGUUGAUGAGAACUCACCGCGUCGUCCGGAGAGUGCGUACUCACUCAGCAAGCUCGUCGGAGAGGUGAUAGCAGAGGAAUACUGCCGGUGGGACCCUACGACAAAGGUCAUAUCGCUGCGUUUCUCCAACGUGCAAGCGUUGGAGGACUUCAAAGACUUCGACGGUUGGCAGCAUGAUCCAAAGCUCCGCAAGUGGAACUUGUUCGGGUAUAUUGACGCUCGCGACGGUGCCCAGGCGAUCCGCAAGGGCCUCGAAUCAAAGAUGACUGGACACCACCAGUAUCUCAUCGCGAACUCGAACACGACCAUGCGGAAACCCAACUCGGAAAUCGUACCGUUGUGUUUCCCGGGCGUUCCUUACACGCCGACCAAGGGUCCCAACGACACGUUGCUCAGUAUCGAGAAGGCUCGUAGGGAGCUCGGCUAUGAACCCCAGCACAACUGGUACUAGGCGUAAUCAUUAGGGGUAUGUACGAUGUCCGGACAAUGUAGUGGGGCCCGCGCCACAGACGUGUACAAAGACAUCACAUGAUCGUUCCCGUUUGUCAAAUUUUCGUAUGUCCGCCCUGCCCUAAACUCAACGCCUAUAAGAUCCUCACCUCGAC